AUGUGCGAUGUGUGGGUUGAGAGCUGGAAGAGGUUGAUGUCCAGGGAGAUGACCAAGCUGAUGGCGUCGAAGGUCGUGUGCGAGGCGUGGCCGUCGAGGACGAGGGCAACUUGGCCCUGCAAGCCACGCGCAUCGAGCUGUUCGCGGAAGUCUCGAAGGUAGCCGAGGAAGUCGUGGCUCUGGACGAAGAAUGACUCCGUGAUGGCGUACUUCGCAUCGGGGACGCCGUUGUUGUCCUCGAUGCAAGCGGGUUGCAUACGCUGGCCUUUGAAGAUGAUGGUAGGGUGGUAGGUGUGGUCGUCGGCGCCGAUGCUGGCGACCACCGUCGUAUUUCUCGCGAGUUGGAGCGCCUGGCGCCGGGCACCUUGGGUGUUGGGACGAUGGCCUUCCCCGACUUUGUACCUUGCGGGGU